GGCGGAGGGGGCGGGCUUGAAACGCAGAGCGCUGAUUGCCUGUCGGCAACGUCAAUCCUGGCCGCCCCGUCGCCCUAGCAACAGCCGCCUGCUCGCGACGCGGCGGGCAGGAUCCCGUGUGGCGUCUUAGAAAGAAGUCUGAAAAAAUGUCAAAAAAUCUCAUAUCCAGCAAGUCCUCCUUAAAAAGUCCAAAAGGCUCAGCAAAGAAACAGAAAGGUGAAAACAAAGCUAAGGAAUCCUCCAAAGGAAAACGAAAACAGAUUGAUAAAAAGGAUGAAGAAGUUAAUCUAUCUAUGGCUAGUAUAGGCCACCCAGAAAUCUUUCCCUUAGUUUUCACUACACAGACCCAAGAAAUCUUUAAUUGCCGAGUUGAUAAAGAUGUCACAGAAGAAAACCGUUUCAAACUUAUUAAAAAAGAGGACAUCAUUGAGGACCUGAAAACAAGAGCAGCAGUUUCUGAUUUCCACCCUGUCAAAAAACUUGUCAUAGAAUAUCCAGGGGAAGAACUUCUGGUAGUUUUUGAUGCAGAAUUGCAGUAUGGACAGAACUUUUAUCUUGUUGCUACUGAAGAAGCCAAGGAAAACCUUCUGAAGCUUCCAGAAGCUGCAGAAGAAGAAGAAGAGAAAGAAAAAGAAGAUGACGAAAAUAAAGAUGGAACACUAGAAGGGUAUGUUUAUAAGCCUCCUGUCCGCAAACCUUGGGUUUCCCUUGGCAGCGAAAAGGAAGUUGAAGAAGAAUCUGUUAAAGACACUGUUUCAAAGAUUAAGUAUUUGAUUUCUCGAGUACGCAGAAAGUUCGGUGCACCAGUUACAUUUACUGAUAAGAACGCUUCAAGUGUAAAAGACAGUUACAUUGAAUGUACUUCCUAUCAAGACAAAACUUUCAGCAUUAAACUGCUUGAAAGAGAUGUGGGUGCACAAGUAGUUCCAAAAGUAAGCGAAAACAGUACUCAGACAAAAUGGACCUAUCCAAAAAAUGCAGCCACACAGUAUUUUCCUAGAGAGUUCUCAGAUGAAGAGAAAGAAGAAAGUCUGUCAUCCAAGAAGCUGAAAGAAUUUAUUACAUCAGUACUUUUAAGAAUGGAGAUUGCAUUGCAGCAAAAUGAAAUUAUGAAUGUUUUUUUUGAUGACUGGAAAGCCCUAGCAGAAGAUGAAAGCAGCUAUGGUGGCAAGUCGGAUGUUUAUCUUAAAGAAUACCAAUCAUUUAUAGAUCUGCACUAUCUAAAGGAUAGAACCAUUAGCUGUGUUUGCUGGCACCCAAACAUUUAUGGGAUUAUAGCAGAGUCAGCAACAGAGAGGCUUUCUUACGAAGAACGAGUUGAUCUUUCUGGUAAAUUAUUGUUGCAGAAAUCAGUAAUUCUUUUCUGGAGUUUUGCUGAUCCUCUCCACCCACAGUUAAUGUUGGAGUGUCCCGAAGAUAUUUACUGCUUUCAGUUCAGUCCAAGUGAUCCAAAUAUCAUUGCUGGUGGCUGCUUCAAUGGCCAGGUUGUGCUGUGGGAUAUUUCUCAAUAUGAAGAAAAGCUGCGAAAUGCAAAAGCUAUUGCUAGUGGAAUCAAAAAGACAGCUGUUAAUUUGCCAUCAUUUAUACAAGCUCAGCAGAGUGGUACAGGGCCACCUUUAGUGAGAUACUGUGCAGUGUCUUCCAUAGAAUAUGGCCAUAAAGCAAUAAUAACAGAUAUACAGUGGCUGCCAGAUUAUUUUGAGGUCAACAGAAUGGGCGCUACUUUUGAAAACAGAGCUGGAAUUUGUGUGCAGCUUGUAACCUGCUCCCCUGACUGCUCAAUAUUAUUCUGGGAUAUUCGAGGCACCAAACUUCCCGUCCAACCUUUGUCUGAGAAGGUUAAAGAGGAGAAAAUUAUUGAUGUGCUCCCUGAGUUUCCUGAUACUUUUAAGCAUCUAGAUCUUACCUGGAAACCUCUCAUAAAGAUAAUCCUGUGCAAGAGUGAUACCAGCGUGGACUACAGUCCUAUAAGAAUUAGUCUAAGGGAACAGCAUUAUCAUUACAAAACACCAGAUAAAGUGCAAUCUCUGAACAGACUAGAAGUACUUGCCAAAGAAAGCCCAUAUGCGGAGAUAAGUGUUCCUUCAGGCAAAACUCUGAGAGUGCUAGAGAAUAUCUCCACCAACUUUUUUGUUGGAACUGAAGAUGGAGAAGUUAUUUAUUCUGACUGGAAAAUGGAAAGAGAUAGUGACUCAGGAAGACUAAUUAGUCAGAAGCCUUCUCAGACACACACCAUCCACGAUGGAAUCGUACAUACUGUUCACAGAUCGCCAUUUUUUAAAGACAUCAUUCUAAGCAUUGGAGGCUGGAAUUUUGCCAUUUGGAAAGAAGGUGUUGCAAGUGGACCGAUCCUUCAGUCAAGCUGCUCAGCAGUAAGAUACACUGCGGGACACUGGUCCUUAACAAGACCAGGAGUUUUCUUCAUUGGCAGAGAAGAUGGAAAUAUAGAUAUUUGGGACUUACUGGAGAAAACUCAUGAGCCAUCUCAGUUCCAGAGCAUUUCCAUCUCAAUGAUCACUUGCAUCAGACCCUGGAUUGCCUCAGCAAAGCAACAUUUUUUAGCUGUUUCUGAUGAUUCUGGAGUACUGCAUGUUUUAGAAAUCUCUUGGACAUUAAGUCACCCUUCCAGCAAUGAGCAUGCCAGUGUACUUCAUUACUUUGAGAGAGAAGUUGAAUAUGUAAAGUAUUACGAACAACGGCAAGAGUUUCAAGCCAAAGAAAGAAUAGAAAUGGAGCUGGAGGCACAGAGGAAGAAAACGACAGCAACUGCUCCACAAAAAUCCAGAGAACAGAUAGAGGAGGAAGAAAAUAUGGAAUAUAUGGAGUUUCUGGACAUAGAAAAGAAGAUACUAGCAGAUUUAGGAAUAGUAAAGGAACCAGAAGUGUUUUCCUCAUCAGAUGCAUAGAGCACAACAUUAUCACCCUUAAAACAAGUGGGCAUUUCUUUUUUUCCAGGACCUCUUAAUUUGCUUUCUUAUGAGAUGUAUAUAUAUCUAAUUCAACAUAUAAUUCAGUAGAACAUUUUUAGCUUCAGAAAUUAAGUAUCUAGCACUUAGAGAUUACUGUAUCAUUAACUUUAUUCAUUUAUUAACUCACAAGUGUGGGUAGAGAACAACUGUUUUGGGCAUAUUUCCUCCACUUUCGUUAAUAGAGUUAUAAUGAAAUUGUUUAUAUAUAUAUAUAUAUAUAUAUAUAUAUAUAUAUAUAUAUAUAUAUAUAUAUACACAUAUAUACAUAUAUAUAUACACACACACACACACACACAUAUAUAUAUAUGUAUGUAUGAAUAUUGUUUAAAUAGUAGUUUUUAAAGUGGGCUAUUAACUGCUGUAUCUGUCCAGGACUUUAUAAGCUGUGAAAAUCUUAAACCCAACUUAACAUGUCAAACUUAGGCUCCAGUGUUCACGCCUGCAACCUACAUCCACCUGCUCCCAUCAGAGAGAAAUCCAUUCUAUUCCAGUAGUCAUAUUCACAGAGACCCUCCAAAUUCUGCUACCUAGCUGCAGCAACUAUCUCUUCCCUCAUCCUGAAAGUGGUCACUUCUCCUGAAAAUAUCAGGGACAAGCAAUAGUUUUUGUGGUGUCCAGGACAUCGCCCAGUCUGGAGAUGUGGUGACAGAAAGCGCUCCAGAGUGAAGACUCCCACUGGAGGUUCGCAGCACCAGGAUCCCCGAGCUGCUGCUGCACAGGGCCGAAGGGAAGGUGUGCGGGCAUGUGGCUAGCUCAGAUGACAACUAUCACAGUAUCACAUGAGAAGGAAUGAGCAGUUCCUUCCAUAAAGGCUCUAGUCACAUCUAAAAGAUUUAAAGAUCAAAAUCAGAUCCUAAAUUGCUCUUAUAAAUCAAUGAACCAUUAAAGCUCAAAUAUUCACAA